AUGGUUUCCACCGAGUUCGCCGAGGGGCCCGGAGGCAUCCGCUUAACAUCCAGGCGGGGAUCCUGGAAGAGGCAGGAGUUGUGGGGGUCAGGAGCUGUCCAGAACCCCCCACCCGCGCAGUCGGAUCAGCCCACACCCACCUGCCGGGUCCUCUUGGUCGGUCAGGCCUCGGGGGGUUGUUCGGUGCCCAGGGGGCGGCCCAUCGCCGGAUUGGCGCUGGCCCUACCCCAUCCCGACGCGGGUCUGCCUAGGCGGGCAGCGCCGGCCGAGCUGCGGGCAGAGAGGACAGAGGCGGAGUGGCCGCGAGCCGCGGGUCUGCGGGGCCCCCAGCGUUCCCGAGGGACGCGCGUAGUCUGUCUCGGAUCAGGGGGCGUUGCCGGCGAGGCCUGGCAGCUGGCCUGCGUCCCCGGUGCAGAGGACAGUGCGGCGGCCGAGGCUGGUCCCCUGCAGCGGGAUGUGACCGUCCGGGCCAGCCAGCCGCCGCCUUCUGCAGAGCUGGCCCGGCGCGCUCCGCUGCAGCCCGGCUGGGACGCGCGGCAUGUGAUUGAGACCCCUGAGCCUGGCGAAUGGGAGUUGUCAGGGUAUGAAGCAGCUGUGCCAAUCACAGAGAAGUCCAAUCCCCUGACCCGGAACUUGGACAAAGCAGAUGCAGAGAAAAUUGUUCAGCUGCUGGGGCAGUGUGAUGCUGAUAUCUUCCAGGAGGAGGGGCAAAUCGUGCCCACCUACCAGCGACUGUACAGUGAGUCAGUUCUGACCACCAUGUUGCAAGUGGCUGGAAAAGUCCAGGAGGUCUUGAAGGAGCCAGAUGGAGGCCUGGUAGUACUGAGUGGAGGAGGAACCUCUGGCUGCAUGGCGUUCCUCAUGUCUGUCUCUUUUAACCACCUGAUGAAAGGCCUGGGACAAAAGCCUCUUUACACAUACCUCAUUGCAGGCGGCAACAGACUUUUAUUACCUACCUGGCCUUGUAGGUAUUUGAGGUCUAUCGUGGCCUCUCAGGAACGGACAGAAGACAGUGCCCUACACUGGAUUGAUGAGCUGAAGAAGGUGGCUGCUGGGAAGAAGAGAGUCAUUGUCAUAGGCAUUUCUGUAGGACUCUCUGCACCCUUUGUGGCAGGCCAGAUGGACUAUUGCACGGAUAACACAGCAGUCUUCUUGCCAGUCCUGGUUGGCUUCAAUCCGGUGAGCAUGGCCAGAAAUGACCCCAUUGAAGACUGGAGAUCAACAUUCCGGCAAGUAGCGGAGCGGAUGCAGAAGAUGCAAGAGAAACAGGAAGCUUUUGCGCUCAAUCCUGCCAUUGAGCCUGAGGGGCUCAGUGGCUCUUCCCUGAUGAAAGGCGGGAGCACCACCAAGAUUCUGCUGGAAACCCUGCUGCUAGCGGCCCAUAGGACUGUGGACCAGGGUGUUGUGGCCUCUCAAAGAUGCCUUCUGGACAUCUUGAGGACAUUUGAGCGGGCUCAUCAGGUGACCUACAGUCAAAGUUCCAAAGUUGCCACCCUGAUGAAACAAGUCAGCACCAGGUGUAUGACUGUGUGUUUGCAGAGG